UAGCAGCUGAAUGUUUGCCGUAGAAUUUUCUUAGAUAUUUUUGUGUCGUAAAAGUGUAAUUUUUAUAGUAAACAAAUACUAUAGUAUUUUAAAUAAAGAAGAUUAAUCGUAGAUUAAAGCACGGACAUCAUUACUUCACAAAAUCAUUACAAUAUGAUCCAGAUCUCAUCAUAUAAUUAUUGUUACAUCACAAAUUAAUAAGGUAAUGGAUCCAGUGUUAGAUAGUGAAUGGCUAGGAUGCAAAAAUGAUGCGAUUGAUGAAACUCCGAGUGUCGGCAACAUUGCCCGGAACUGGCAGUGGAGAGAAAGAGGCAUCAAUCCACCAAAUUCACCUUCCAACAAAACAGUAUUAGAGAAUGUAGCCGAAGAUAUCUUGGUGCAGAAACCUUUAAAAAUAAGAUGUUGCGAAUUGCCAGGAUAUCCAAGGUCAACUUUCCUCAUGGUUUUCAGUCCAGAUGGCACCAAAGUAGCAUCCACACAUGGCAAUCACAAUGUAUAUGUGUCAGAACUAGCCAGUGGUAAACAUGUGAGGAUAUUAAAAGGACAUCCACGCACGCCGUGGUGUAUUGCUUUUCAUCCCUCGCACCCUCAACUUAUUGGUUCUGGCUGCCUGGGCGGUCAAGUCAGAGUGUGGGAUAUUUCCAGUGGUGGCAGUGAAGUGUGGAAUGUAUCCAAAGAAACAGUCAUAGCAUCCAUAGCAUUCCAUCCACGUGAGCAAUUGUUGGUCAUUGCUACAUACAAUGAGCUUUAUUUUUGGGAUUGGAGCCAGCCUGCACCUUUUACUAAAGUUUCUACUAAUAAUAUAAACGAAAAAGUCAGGUAUGUGGCAUUUGAUUCAUUGGGUUAUAAACUGAUAACCGGCAUAUCAUUACGACCCAUGCCUGGAGGGAUUAGUAACAGUGUUCUUCAACAUAAUACUAGUUCAAAUCCAACAAACACUACUAGCAAUGCAAGAAGGGAGGACUCUGACGACAAUCCAGGAAACAAUAGACCGCAAGAUAACUCCGGCUCCACACAGGAUAUUAUUGUCAAUUCUUAUCAGAACUUGGUUCAGAGAUAUGACAGUCUAGUGAGGAACUACCAGCGUCUAUUUAUGGUUCGACAUAGACUUACGGUGACGCCGCCACCACCCAGUACGACGGACCGCGGCACAGAUCCGAUGGAAACUGAUCCAUCACCUGAAGCUAACAGCUACACGCGAGUGGCGCGCUCCUACUCGUCCACACCACAACUUGAUGACGAAAAUCCUACUACGGCCACAUCUAGCAAUAGACAAGAAACUGACAGUGGAGACGGCGAAGGAAGUAGUAGCCGCCUGCUCAAUCUUGACGCUUUGUCUUUUGAUAGUGGCCCAUCCAGAGAUCGAAAUUCGUCACGACAGGAACAUUCCAUUUUUGGUUCAAGACCUUCCGCAUUCCAUCCUCUAAAUGACACUUCUGGGAGAUCAUUUCGAACAGUCGACCAGAACGAACGAGCAUCUAGGCUUUUACCCAAUCCAUUUUCUUCUACAAAUGGCACACCACGACCGAGCAGAAUUUCAUUUACUAGCCUGGUUGCCCAACAAUCUACAAACAAUGUGGCGAACUCCUCUCGCACCAGUAUAUUUCCAGCCUACAGGCCGGACUCGCCCUCGCUCUUAGACUUAGCCCCCCGUAUAUGGCGCGGUCGACGAAUAGUCGUUUCCGUACCUAACGAUAACUCUUCGACUACUUCAGAUAAUGCUCCCACACGAACUUCUCGACAAAACACGCCACCGACUUCGACGACAAACGCAACUCAGACCACUAGUGUUAACACUUCUCAAUCACAACCGUCUGCACCUGUAGACGCGCAAACUAUUAAUGAAAGUCUUGACUUAAUACGUGAUAUCCUUAGAGAUUCAGGAACGAGACUAUUAAAUUUAAUAACAAAUAUGUCUUUAUCGAGUCUAAGUGCAGAAGAAGAUAUUCCACGUCGAAGUAGUGGAGAUAGAGCGCACUCGGAUGGUGAUGAAAGUGGCGACCGCCCGAGGGCGUCGACGCGUCCCCGUGUUCGUUUGUUCAGCUCGAACUUGCGACCAUCGAGGAUGUUGUUAUCAUCGAGUUCAGAAUCAGAUAGUGAUCAGUCACCAGAAGUUAAUAUCUUUAGAACACGAAAUUCUACAUUUAGGGAGGAUGAUGCGAGAGAUCCCGAACGAGCCAGCGGUGCAGGGCCGUCGAACUCCUCCGAACGAGGGACGCAUCCCACGGAUAGAUUAGUUUUUGAAUUAGGAGAAUUUCGGCUGCGAAAUCCUAACCGUGAAACGGGUGGUAUUAAUGUAUCCGCAAAUAGCAGUCGAUUUCGUGUGCGGAGCCAGAAUAAUGCCGCAGGCGAAGGCCCCAGCACGUCUAACACUGAUAACCAAGAGGUUCCCGAAAACACUGAACAGAAUGACCCUAAUGACAUAAAUUCUAACAGGCCAUCAACAAGUAGAGAAAGUUUUUGGGGUACUGGUCGGAUCCCACCAGAAGAAGCCUUUAGAAAAGUUCGCGGAGGAGUUAAUGCCAUGCAAAAGCAUACUAUGCAACUCACCAAUAUGUGGCUACGCGGUAAUCGUACCACGAUGCCAGAAUUACGCAAUAUGUGGGAAAAUCUACGUAGGCGAAUUUUAAUGUUACACAGAGAAACUGGACGACAAGACUUGCCCAGUCACUACACCAGAUCACUUUUGGAAAGAUGUAUGAUGUUAACUGAAGUGACUGACAACAUCACUCGAGCGCCCAGCAGAAACUCAAGAACACAAAGUAGCAACCAGGGAGAAAGCACCAGAAACUCUGAAGCGACAAACACUGAAAAUGGGCCCUCUGAUGAGCCCGAACAGGGUACGUCUAGAGAUAGUCCAAGUAACAGCAGACAAUCAUCAGCAAGCAAAUCGCCUCAAACUAGAUCAACCGGCAUUCGUUCUUCGCCAUCGCUUAGAAGGCGAUUACAGUCUAGCUAUCGGUGGAGACCAGAAGACGAACUUAGACGUCGGUCCCGUAAUCCUGCCGCUACUCGCUUACCUCAGAGAUAUUUAAAUAGGCCUCGACGAGACUUUGCCAGAGCAAUGGAAAUAAGUGCAACUCGACACGAAAUUCGAAUGCGAGCUAUGCAAGUACUAUCCAUCAUGUUUAAUAUGAUGAUGAUGUGCUUAGAGGAGAGAGGAUUAAGUCAGCUGAUCAUUAAUAUGUUACGUUCUUUGAAAAAGGCUUUGGCACUAACUUGCUUAAUGUUGAUGACAAAUAGAAAUAACGGGCGUGCUAGUAAUAAUACAUCGCCUCAACGUGUCGAUUCAUUGAAUGUUAUUCGCCUAGAAAAUGUCGAUCACACAGGUCCUGUCAAUGUUGAUGGACCUGAUGAUCCGCUUCAAAGCGCUGUUCCCAAUGAGGCGGAAGAAGAUCGUUUACAGAGCAGCGCUAGCAAACGUGUCAAGCGAGAUAACUCUACAAGCUCUCAGUCCAUAUGUCCUGAUAACAACACCCACGAAACCGCAACCACUUUACCUUCAACCUCUACGCAAAGUAAUAUAACUCAAAGAUGGAGUAAUCGUCUUGCAGUGCAGAUUUCAGCGGCAAAUAGAAAUUAUUCAAUGACAGCUAGAAACAGACGAGAUUUAUAUAUGGAAAGUAGGCGACUCAAAGCCUUACAUAAAACAAAUCCCACAGCCCAUCCUCUAAUUAGAAAGAGAGUAUUUCCGCCUGUGUCCUCUCACAGGAUUCCUGCCUUGCGCUUGUUACCCAACAGGGGUAACUCAAAGCCGUUAAGAGCGGCUCGAACUGAAUCCCAGAGUACACAACCUGUCCCCGGUCCCUCUAGUGCUCUAUCCAGCGAUAGUUUCAAUACUAGACCUUCCAGACUACCCCCAGAAAUGAUGAACGAAUUUGAGCAUAGAAUCAAUUUAAUAAGAUUGGCUCACAUGCAAGCUGUGAGGUUGCGUAAUGCUGCAAGGAGCAGGUUCAGGCGUCUGCAAACGAUAAGAUUGUACACGCCGUCCUCGGUUCGAGAGAUGUUCAACUUGCCACCGACUAACGACAGUCCUCCCGAGAACCGUUCGGGUUUGCAAGACUCGGACUCUAAUAUUCGACGGUCCUACCUAUCAUUCGACUAUAGACCGCACAUACUUACACGCGAACGCAUUUUGUCACGAGGUGCUACAAUAAGACCGACAGAAGAAUCAAGACUGGAACAAUAUCACGCAGCCAUGGAGGACGCAGCGACCGCGGCAGGUCCUCUUAUGCAAGUGGGUGAUCUCAGCAUAAGCAACCCCGACGCGCCACCAAACCCACCACAAAGACUACCCAGAAUUCACGAAUAUUUACAACCCAUUAUACUCGCCCAAAACGCUAUGCUGAUAGACGAAGAUGGUAACGGCGAGAGCGGUGGCGGCCCGCCCGGGGGUGGGGGCGGCGGAGCGGGGCCCGGGGGUUUGGGUGGCAUGCGACGUAUGGGCGGCAUGGCGGGGCUGCUGGAUGCGAGCAUCAUCUCCGAAGCGCUGCCGGCGCCGUCGCAUCGCGUGCAGGCCUGGGACUUCACUACGGGCAACACGCCCGAUAUUGCCGACAGUUCCAAAAACGUGGUUGUUCAACGGUGUAGAAUACACAACGACGCAAGUAUUGAUAUAUCAAAGGACGGCAGGCUCCUGGUGGCCCUCCAUCCCGUACCUCGACUGAGGAAUACUAAUCACUGGUUAGGUGUUUAUUCUCUGGAGUGGUCGCGUCUGGGUCAGUGCCUGCACACGGCGGUGCUGGAGCAGAGCGCGGUGUCGGUUGCCCUGUCGCCCACCGCUCGCCACCUGGCCGUCGGCCUCGGCUCGCGUCGCUUCACCCUCGCGCCCCACGGCCGGAGCAGCGUCUUUGCACUUCUCUACCGCCUCGACCCAUUAGAGAGUACGAGCCGAACCGGGCUGUCGCCCAUCAAGGAAUUAGAGCAAACCUGGGAAAAUGGCUUCACAAGCCUCAACUGCCUGCGGUGGGCGCCGCAGCCGGGGCAGGGGCUUGUCUAUGCCAAUAAUACCGGACAACUUAUUAUUAUGAGCUAAGUCCAAACGAGGCAGAUCCUUGUAAGGCCGAUAACAUAAUAACAUACCACCCGACAUAAACACCACACGACGCGUAUUGAUUGAUAAUAAUAAAAUCGUUUACACAUUACAAUCACCUGACGUGACGUGGUGUCGAGUUUAUGAAGGGUAUUUCUGAUUAUAAAAAAUAUUACAAUGUAUCUAAUUUGAUAAAAUGCGCGUCGCUAUGUGUCGCUCGUGCGUGAAGUGUUAUAAAUGCAAUUGUCAUAAUUUAACUCAUACCAAAGGUUUCAAUAUUUCUUAGUAAAGUAUAUGAAAUAAGAAAAGUAGCUCAUACCUACAAUCGA